AUGACUGAUCGUAUUGAUCCUUAUGAAUUAUUUGGUCUUUAUGUUAAUGGUAUUGAUCAUUCUGAACCAAUUAUACGUUCAUUAGCAGCUCAACAAAUUCCACGUGUUUAUACAUGUCCUGAUGAUUAUAAAGGUGAAUUUAAAAAAUUAUGUUUUGCUAUAUUAACAAAUUAUCUUGAUUUAUUACAAAUUGUUUUACAUUCGACAGUAAUACCAAGUCUUGAGAGUGGACAUAUAUAA